UUUUCCCACACUUCACUACCCCUCAAGAAAUGCUUGAAUUUUUCCACCAAUAAACUGGGUAGCAACAUCUGCAAUUCUGCAGCACUACAACAAAGAAGAAGAACACACCCACUGUGCAAAUCCAUUGCAGAUAUCAAUCUUCUUGAACAGCAGCACCCUCGUGCAUCUCGAUCUGAACCUAUGAAGCCUGCUUGGUCCUGAAGAUGAUGAAGAACGAACCAAAAACUGGUGAUGCUGGUCUCUCUUGAAUGGGGUUCCACUUUCAUUUCAUGUAAAUCAAAGCCCUAACUUUCAUUUCAUGAAAACAAAGAGAAAUGCUAAUUUGUCUUCGUUCUUCACUAACAUGAGUUGGAGGAGAAUAAGGAGAGCAAGCUCUACUCCCAUUUCGGUCAAUUUUGCGGCGGAAACAGAGGCAGGUAUGGUUUCUUCGAAUCAAUCCAAAUUCAAAAAAAGCUGUAGUGAUUUAGACGAAGCCCUAAAGUUAUUCCGUCAAAUGGCUCAUACCAGGCCCUUGCCUUCUGUUAUUCACUUCAACAAACUGCUUAGUAGAAUUGUGAAAUUGAAGCAUUAUUCUGUAGUUGUUUCCCUGUUUCAAGAAAUGCGCAUUAAGGGCAUCCCAAUCAGUGUGUAUUCCCAUAACAUUCUUAUGGAUGUGUACUGCCGCUCAAGUCGAGUAGAUUGCGGGUUUUGUGUACUUGGUGUGGUUUUCAAGUGUGGAUUUGAGUUUGAUGUGGUCACAUUCACCACUCUGAUUAAGGGCCUCGUUCUGGUUAAUAAGAUUGCAGAGGCUGUAGGGCUAUUCAAGAAGUUGGUGAGGGAAAAUGUGUGCAAACUUAAUCAAAUUACUUAUGGUACUCUUAUAUAUGGGCUUUGCAAGGCAGGUCAUACACAAAAUGCUCUUGAUUUACUUGUAGUAAUGCAAAAGGAGGGACCUAAGCUUAAUACUAUAGCCUAUAACACUGUAAUUGAUUCUCUAUGCAAAGACAGAAUGGUUGAUGAGGCUCUUGGCCUUCUCUCUGAGAUGAUUGAAAGAGGGGUUCCCCCGGAUAUCAUCACAUACACUUCACUGAUUCAAGGCCUUUGCAAUUUUAGCCGAUGGAAAGGGGUUACCAAGUUAAUGAAUGAGAUGGUGCUACAUAAUGUAUAUCCAAAUGUCCAUGCUUUCAAUGUAUUAAUGGAUGCCCUCUGUAAGGAGGGGAAGUUGGAAAGUGCGGAAACUAUUAUUCAGAUCAUGAUUCAAAGGAACAUUUAUCCUGAUGUCGUGACAUACAGCACUCUUAUUGAGGGGUACUGUUUGCAAGGACGGAUGGAUGAAGCGAGGAAAGCUUUUGGUCGGGUGUUAGAAAGUGGCCUUCAACAUAGUGUUUGGACUUAUACCAUAUUAAUUAAUGGAUACUGCAAAAUAAAAGAAAUGGAUGAGGCCAUGCAUCUGUUUCGUGAAAUUCCUCGAAAAGGGUUUCAUCCUAAUGUUGUUACGUAUAACACAAUGUUGCAGGGGUUCUUUCUGGUGGGUAGAUGUUCUGCUGCACUAGAACUUUUUCAGGAGAUGCUGGUUGCUGGACAUAAACCAGAUUUUUACACUUCAUGUGUCUUACUUAGUGGUUUGUGUGAUAAUGGACAUGUUGAAGAGGCAAUGUCAGUCUAUCAUCAGUUAGAUAGAAGCGGGAAUUAUUCUCUUGUUUAUAGUAACAUCAUAAUUGAUAGGGUCUGCAAGAUAGGACAACUUAGUAUUGCAUGUGAUGUAUUCAAUGACCUCAUCUCUAAAGGGCAACACCCAAAUGUGUAUACAUACACUGCAAUGAUAAAUGGGCUUUGUCGAGAAGGAUUAAUAGAUGAAGCCUUAGAGUUGUUAAGGAAAAUGGAGAAGAAUGAUUGCUUUCCAAAUACUGUGACUUAUAAUGUUAUUUUGCAAGGAUUUGUUAGAGAGAAAAAGUGGCAUGAGGCAAAUAUAGUUUUGGAUGAAAUGGUUGGUAAGGGUAUUUCUCCAAAUGAGCACACAUUGUUCUUCAUAAACGACUUACUUGCACUUAAAACUGGAGAUGAGAGAGUACUAAAGGUGAUACAGAAAUUUGCAGCGAAUCAUGUAAAGUAACUACAUAUUUGGAAUCUUUUAGCUUCUCUACUUGUUCAUGAUUUGCAACUUUUGGAGGAAUGUUUUCAGGGAUUUCACUCCCAUUCCAGGGAUUCCACAAGUUUGGGUCUCAACUUUCCCGAGUGUCUCAUAGUAUGGCGUUCAACCUAAUGUUCUUAUUGAUGGACAGGAAAAUCUUUUGUACACUGCAACGGAACCUCUCAUAUGAGAACAAUUAUAUACUGAUAUCUUCAUUUAUUUUAUAUCAUUCUUUUCUUUGCUUAGUACAUGGAAUUCCAUUGUUGUCACCCUACGUAUAUUCCUCCUUCACUUAAUGUGAUGCAUGAUGGUCCAUUGCCUUGUAUUAUAGUAAAAUAAUAUAAGAUCCUGUGUGUUUUAGGAAGGAGCAUUAGCUUUCAGGUUUUUAGUCGUGGCAAAGUAAGGUCAAAAUGGAAUUCUAGUUAUACCAAUUGCACAAAAUAUUCUCUGCAGGUCAAAAUACCAAUUGCACUAAAUAUUUUUAAGGACAUUUCUCUUACAUUUUCGAUUCAUCAUUCUUGUAUUUUGUCAUCCUCAACUGCUGCAUUUUGUUUUCUUGAGGUUCAUUGCAAGUAUUAUUUGCUUUAGCACUCUUAUUCUACAGUUAAACACCAAGUAGGCAAUUAUGUUCAUCCACCGUCAUUUUCAAGCUUCAACUAAUUCAUCAUCAUUUUGAAAAUAAAUUUUUAGUACAUGUACACUAAUGUUGAUUGGCUUAAUGUUCUAUAAAUAUAUAUUAUAUAUUUUUAUGCUGGCACUUUUUCCCCUUUCAUUUCCUUUUGUUGGGAAAAUAGUAUCCCUGCAAACUGGGAGGAGCUGCAGUGUUACUUUGAUCCUAAGAAACCGGUGUAAAAUUCUUCAAAGAUGUAUAUGCAGUUAUGCACAUACAUAUUGCCAUUUCUUAAGUUUUCGAGAAGAGAGGAUCCUUCAGCUCCAGCCCUCCAAAUUCAAGUUAAAACUGUCUUUCAAAGGGGAAGAAGGGAAUUAUAAUGCAAUUUUACAUGAGUUAAUAAACUCAGAUUUCUAUUUUCACUCGUUGCUUUAGCUCAACAUAUCUUAAUAUGCAUCAUAUAAAGGCGGCCCCAGCUGCUGAUAAGAUAACUAUUAAGACACUCAACAGCGCACAAUGCAAGACCUGGUGUCAUUUUGAGGUCAGACUGGGUUUUAAACUUUCAUGUUUCUGUUCCAUUCAUGCAGCAGAGUGCUGGGAAGGAGCAUAAAAUCAAGUAUUGGCAAUUACGAGGAGAAAGCUAAUUCGAGAUCGAUUUAGAUAUGCACAGAGUCAGUUACAUCUCUAGGAAGGAAUUUGAAGCAUUCUUAGAUAGGCUAAAAGCUUUGCAUCUUAGAUUUUGGGCUCACAAUUGAGGCAAGCUUUUAUCUUCAUUCUUUGCAAUUGAAACCAAAGCUUCUGUCAUUCUUUCUGAUCAAAGCUUCUGGUGUUGUGAAUGUAACAAAUUUGAAGAAUUGGCAGAGCAGAUGUUAUGUUGUGUGAGACUGAAUGAAAUUGAUUAUGUAAAUGAUCA